AUGUAUCUCCGCUGGAACGAUCACAAACCCAGAAGCAUGGAGAGCACAACGGAUGCAUCGCGCUCCCUCGAAAUCCAAGCGGUUCUCAUAACUUUCUCUCUAUUAUCUGCCACAACCGUCGCCUUACGGACUUAUAUACGAACGAAAGUGCUUAAUUCAUUUGGCUUGGACGAUGGCUUGAUGGUGGUGGCACAGGUGCUAGCUACCGGCUCCGCUGUGGCCAUUGGUCUUGAGAACAAAUAUGGACUAGGAUAUCACACAUGGGAGCAACCGAAAAGCGCAUAUGUGCCCUACAUGAAGUCCUUCUACGCGUCUAUUGUCAUUUACAACAUCGCAAUGUGUCUUGUCAAGAUUGGAAUAUUACUUCAAUACCGACGCGUCUUCGCUAUCCAAGCCAUACAACUCAUUACGUUCUAUGGAACGGCUCUGAUGAUUGCUUGGACGGUUGUCAUUGCCUUUCUCAACAUUCUCAUUUGUGUUCCUGUCGCCAAGUUCUGGGACCAUGAACUACCCGGACGAUGCCUUGAUCCACUUUUGAUAUGGUAUAUCAUGGCUGGGUUCAAUCUAGCAACAGACAUUACCAUAUUCUGCCUGCCUUUGCCGGUCAUCAAGAGUCUCAACCUCCCGAGGAAGCAGAAGAUGAUGCUCUUUGCCAUCUUUAGCCUUGGGUUCUUCACAUGCUUCAUCUCGAUUUACCGCAUCCAAACACUCAGAACUGCUGCUUCCACAAAAGAUCCCAACUGGGAUAACGUGGAUGCUGCCAUAUGGUCAUUCCUUGAAAUCGCAAUUGCGAUCACAGCUGCCUGCCUACCGACUCUGCGACCCUUAGUCUCCAAGCUCCUGCCCCGGAUGUUUGCUUCCUCCUUAGGUAGAAGUAACCGUGCCUCCCGCUACACUCAGCCACGCAACAGUCUAUAUGUUGGAAACGUUCCUCGAACAAGAACGGAACGGCGCAGCAAUAUGUUUGACGACACAAGCACUCUGCACGAUGACAACAUCCCGAUGCCCACCCAUGAUAAAGCUCUACACUCUCCACAUAGCGCCAAUUUCAGUGUGAGUAUAAGGGCUGGCAACGAAAGGGCUGGCAGCGAGGACACUGUUCCCAUAUACGAGGGGGCAGGAAUCUCAGCCAAAACUGUCAUUACACAACAAGUUGUGGAGGAGGAGGAGGGUUGGGACAGCAGUAGGCCAAGCAGCAGUAACAAAUCUUUCUGA